ACGUUCAGUCAACCGUUCUGGCUAGCCGUUUUAUAGUAUUUCUUUAUUUAUUGACCAAACAAAUAAAGUUUCACAGUGAACUGUAUAAGAAGUUGUGUGUAGAUGUUUACUAAUUUAUGAGGUACCAUGUUUAUUCACUUUAGUGUGGGCUACGAUUCAUGAUAAUGACUUGGUAACGAGCGUUAAGUUUUACGUCAAAUUAACCUAUGACUCAAUACCGAGAAUAAACAAUGGAAACUCGGUGCGUCGGGUGGCUAUGUAUACUAGUGGUCGUGUUGUGCUUGCGCGUCGGCGUGGGCGACCGCGGCGACUACAUCGGCUGCUACAGGCUGAAGGUGGACGACAUCCUCAACACGCACACCGGGCAGUCCGUGGACGUGUGCCUGUCGGCCUGCGAGCAGGUCUACUUCAAGUACGCGCUCAUCGGCAACGAGUCCACGUGCUACUGCAGCAACUCCCCCGGCACCUAUAAACUCCCGUUAGAUACCUGUGACUCGCCGUGCCCUAAAAACGAGACUCAGAAAUGCGGGGGUGUUAAUGCUGCGAGCGUGUACGAUACCGAGGUGGUCGCGCCCGGCCCGCCGGAGCCCGUCAACGUCACCAGGGUCACCGAGACCACUGUUAGAAUAACUUGGAAACAGCCUGACGCCCAUUCUGAUAUUACAGGGUAUGUUAUAAAAGCUGAUGUUGUGACAACUUAUGCUGAGAAUCCUUCCAGCUCUCCAGAAUGGAGGGUACCGAACAAUACAUUCAGUUUGGAACUACCUAACUUAUAUCCCGGCUCGAGCUACAUUAUCAGCGUAGCAGGAGCGAAUGAUGAUGAUGAGGGCCCUCCAGCUACAACUAGAGCAGAAACUAUAAUUGGAACACCAGAUCCUAGUCCCCCUGAUAUAAUAGUUAAAGAAAGACGAGGUGACCAAAUGUUGGUGCAUAUUCCUGAAGCUAAAAAUGUAAACGGGCCAGUCUCCAUGUACAGAGUGGUGGUGUCUAUUGAACUAUACCAGCAAGGGUUCCUUGUUGAUAACCUCGGCAACUACUCCUAUGCCCAGAGCAUGGACCUCCCUUACUACAUCACGGCGGAGUUAGACCCUGAUGAUAUUAAAGCUGAUUUUGUGAUAGGAGAUGGACAUACUUACAAUGGCUUUCAGAAUGUCCCAUUGCUAUUGGUCAAUGAUAUUGAUGUGUCUCUCGGCAUAGUAAGUGAGAAAAAUCAUGUCAGAAAAAUUAGGUAUGCUGAAUCUACCAAGAAAAUAAUAUUGAACAUAAAUGAGCCAGAAGAUAUCAACCCGAUGGUGGUGGCCUUAGGGGCCGGUAUUGCUAUCGGCGUAGUCCUCUUGCUAAUCGGAGUAGGUAUGAUCAUAGUUUUAAGAAAAAGAAUUCAUUUGGUUCGAAUGCAGAGAGGUUCACAGUCAAUGCCGCUUAGUCUCAGUGAGCCUUGUAUUGAAAUAGAAAACUCUGGCUUUUUACAAGAAGAGGUUGAGAAAAUAGACUACUAUGGAAACUUAAAAAGAAAAUUAUGGAACAUACCAAGGAAUCUCAUUGAUAUAGAUAUUUCUUGUGUUGUUGGUUUGGGGAGCUAUGGGAAGUUCACAAAGGCUAAAGUCCAACAGCAUGGAGGACAGACUUCAGGGCUGGUGCAGGUCAUCAGCGACAGGGAGAUGGAGAAGCCUGACAAGAAGCUUAUGCUACAGGAGCUGGACCUGCUGAUCAAGACUAGUGAACAUGAAAAUGUAAUCUCCCUUAUUGGCAUCAGUGAAACUAACACCACAUUGUUUGUUGUCCUCCAAGGCAGUAAAUACACUUUGAAGGAGAUGCUUUUACAAAGCAGACAGAGGGAUUUGCAGAACAAUAAAUUCUGCGUCAUCACUGAGAAUAAACUGCUUCAGCUUUGUGCUGAUAUUGCAGCAGGGAUGGAGUACCUCCACAGCAAGUUGGUGACACACAAACGACUAAGCUGUCGCAAUAUUGUUAUCGGCGAAUCCGGAGCCGCGAAAGUGUCUGGCUUUGGUUUAUCGCACAUCAGGCCGCUACAUGAAACGCCAGACUACACUCGAUGGACAGCAUGCGAGAUGUUACGACAGACGAGAUUUAACCCUAAAGCAGAUGUGUGGUCGUUUGGGUGCCUUAUGUGGGAAGCACUAACGUUAGGCGCGACGCCGUACGCAAGCACGCCGAACAAAGAUGUGGCUCCUCGAGUGUUGCGCGGCAUGCGCGCGAGCCAGCCGUCAUACGUCGGCGACGAACUGUUCCACCUGUGCCUGCAGUGCUGGCAGGUGGACCCGGACGAGCGGCCCACCUUCUCGACGUUGCUUGACGAGCUCCUGCCGCUCUCGGAGGCCGCCGGAACUCGUAGUCUCAGCUUCACACACUAUAACGGAUUCGAAUACGAACCUCAUGUGCCACAGUACGAAAUCGCAUAGAAUUUCAGCAGUAAUCCAACAACGCUCACCAGUGAACCAGUUUACGUCUGAUCUCUGAUUACGAAUAGUUGUUACGAAUCUCGAGGUCAAAGUAUACUAGAAAUAGUAGAUAUGAUAUGUAUGCUAUGCAUUAGGUAGCUGUUGUGACUUAAGAAUCUCAUCAGAUUCUCAAAUUGUAGGACAAUAUUUAUAAGUAGGCAACUUUGUAUCCAAAGAUUUAAGACAGCUUUAGGCAGUUAGCUUCUUCACUAUUAUCUAUUAUUUGUGUAAUGAAAGUGACCUUAUCUUAUUUACUGAGUAAUUUGGGAGGAACAGUAUGGCAGCUGUAUUCUUACAUGACAUGAGAAUCUAUUUUUGUUACCUUUAAGCUUAGAUUAAGCAACUCAUUAACCACAAUAUGGAAAAACCUUACAUUAUAGUUAAGUACCUUCUAGGCGCAAAAAAGAAUACAUAUUUAUGAUAAUGAUAAUCAUUACUAUCUUGCAGGAAGUCUUCUUUUUGAUGAGGAUAAAAUAUCACACGAUAAAUCGUGUUGUGUGUGUGAUGGAACCACAAGAAUAUCGUGUAAAUUCAAUAACAUACUUAAUUUUGCUCUCAAUUGGUUUAUUAAGAUUAACAUGUGAAGUGUACACUCAUAUAAUGGCCUAUAAUUGUGAGUUAUGCAUAUGUAUUUAGUUUUAACAGAAUGCGAUAAUUUAGAUGUUUAGGAAAUAGGUUUACAAAAGUUUUGGCAACAAUAUUUGACAAUAUUUUCGUACAAAUAUUUUACUGAUAUUUUAGUCUCCUCUCAAUAGAGGUUCUUACGUCUAUAUCCUUUUUAAGGACAUUUUCUGCUGCGAAGGAUAGAAAAAGGAAUAUGUUUUUUCCCUGUCCCUCUUAGCAGAAGGAUAUAACCCCUGUAUAGUGUAGUCAGCAUCAAAUAGUGACGAUGACGGCCAAAGUGGCCAUAUAUAUCCGUACACAUCCUUAUUUCUAUAGUAACAAUAAUGUGUUACAAUAUAUAUGACCACUUUCACCUUCACUAUCUAUUUAAUACUGACUGGACAUCUGUAUUGUAUUGUAGCACGGGGGUCGGGAGAGGUUUCCGCAACUCGACGACUGGCGCCUAUUUUAUUUACGUGAAUCUAUACAUCUGUACCAUUUCUAUUGAAUUUCUUAUGUGGACACAAUUUGGCGACCAUUCAGUCAGUCAGUGUAAAAGCGAUAGAGGUCUAUUUAUAGCCAUUUUAGGCACUGGUUCGUCAAUAACCAUUGUAUUGGGUCGCGUGUCGCGUGCUACCCACGCAAUGAAUCAAACAAUAUUUAUGAAGUCGAACAUUUUUUUUU